AUGAUUUGGAAGCAGUCUUCUCUUCUGGCCCUGGCAGUAAUGUCAGCAAAUGCAUCUCCUGCACUGGUUGCUCGAGCUGGCCAGUGGAUUGUUGGCCUUGAACCGAUCCAGGCUGUCAUCACCCAGGAUGACGCAGGGGCGUUUAGCUUUCAGUGUCAGACCAAUGGCCAGACUGUUGUUACAGCUUCAAAGAUUGGCUUUUCCACCAGCCUAGGCGAUGUAGGACCGCAAUUUCAGUCAUGCACUGCCCUGGAACAAACGGAGGAGCUCGUCGUGUACACCACUCCGGUUGGUCGCACAACGUCUCGCUCGGCUACGUAUAGGACGCAAUCGUUCCAAUGCCAAACUACCGAUGCUAAGCACAUACAACUUGAUAUACGUGUCGGACGUGACGGAUGCGGAUUCCGAACCAAGGUCCCAGACGGUCAGUACCAGGUGACGGCAGAGUCUUCGUCGUGGACAUUUGCUCAGAAUGGAGCAACCUUUCUGAUGGAUGACCCUGAAAACACAUCAUACGAGGGCGAGUGGAUCCAAAGUGAUGUGGCCACGGGCCUUUCGGAUUCCAGGCGGGUGAUGAUGCCAUACCUCGCCGAUGUUGGGUCCGUAGCUUCUGACCAAUGGGUCCUCCUGAUUGAAGGUGAUAUCGACGGGCGUUGGCAAGGGUCCCAACUCUCACACUCGGAUGGGUCACUGAAUUACACCUUUUAUCUUGCUGAGGGCGGCGUCGUCGAGGUUCAGAAGGCGGUCUUCACACCCUGGCGCAUUGCUGUUGUUGGUGAUCUCCCCACACUUUAUAAGAGCCAUUUUGAUCAAGACAAUCACGAGCCCACCAACGUGACCGACCUGAGCUGGAUCAAGCCUGGAAACGUUGCGUGGCACUGGCUUCCAGAACCCGACGCGGUCCAUAACCUCACACGCCUGGAGGAAUAUGUUGAUGUUGCCGCUCUCGAAAAAUGGCCAUUCGUCCUGAUCGAUGAGGGCUGGAGCGAGGAUACUGUAACUAAGCUUGUCAACUACGCCGAGCUCCAGGGGAUCGGCGUUAUCAUCUGGUACCCUUCGAACCAGUGGAAUUCGACCUCUGACAUCGUUACUCACAUUGCAGACAUGAAGAGCUGGGGCGUCAAGGGCGCCAAGCUUGACUUUUUCUUGUCAGAUGUGCAAGCGAUGCAUGCGCAGCAAGACUCUAUUCUCUCACAAAUGGCUGAAGCCCAACUCAUGGUUAACUUUCAUGGCUGUCCGCCUCCGCGUGGCAUGCAGCGUCAGUGGCCUCAUUUGAUGACCGUUGAGGCUAUUAAAGGCGACGAACAUGAAAACUCCGCAUUCCGCCACACGGUCAUUCCCUUGACUAGAGGCCUCGUCGGAAGUAUGGACUUCACGCCCAGCCUCUACACCGCCGCAGGAAUAUCCUACAGCGACGAGCGACAACGCCAGCAGUUGGAACAGUGCUCUGUCGGAUGCGGUCUCGCCAAAGCCAUCGUUUUCGAGUCAGGCUGGCAGCAUCCAGGCGAAAGGCCUGAAGUCAUCAGGAGCUAUCCUCUCGCAGUCCGAAUGUACAAGGAGCUUCCUUCGUCCUGGCAAGACUCUGAUCUUCUCAGCGGCUCAUACCCAGGCAAGGCUAUAGUCGUCGGUCGCCGCUCCGAUACGCUGAACCGGCACUACUUUGCUGGAGUCUUCAAUGGCGCCGAGCAGACCUUUGAUUUGAAGCCGACAAAUCUACCUACAGGCAAAACCUUUGUCCUUGACGUAGUUCAUGACUCACCCGGCAAUGAUACUGACCGGACCGCGAUUGAUCGAACUAUUCACACUGAUGUUGAUUCGGGCUCGUCCAUUUCAAUUCCCAUCAAGAGCAAUGGAGGGUUUACGGCGAUUGCUUGCGAGACAGCUGGGGCCGACGGCGGCUGCCUGUUCGAGGCGUAA